AUGUUUGACCGACUUCAAAAAGACAAGGUGCUAUUCGAGUACUACCUCAGCAGACCAAAGAUGCAUAGACCAGUCAACCCACGUGUCAGGAGACGUCUGUUUGAAGCAGAUGAAAUAACUGAUAAAGCGAAGAUCGAUAAUGUUGCAAACAUUAUCAAAGAAUCUCUCGAUAGAGAUAAAAUCGAAAAAUCUCAAAAAUGGAACUUUGAUUUUGAGAAUGAAGUACCUUUAGAAGGACCAUAUGAAUGGUACAAGAAGGACGGUAAUGAUUGGAUUGGCAUGAAGACGGAGAAAGAAAAAGAAGAAUUCUCCAUGAAGAAGAUUAACGAAGCUACCCCGAAAACUAAUACAGAAGUAAAAUUAAAUUUGAAGAAGCGGAGAAGAAAUACUGAAAAGAUAAAUAAUAUUCCAAAUAGAGAAGUAAGACGUAGAAUUAGUUUUCAA